AAAAAAUCUUUACAUGGGUUCGGAAUCAGUGCUCAAGCUUCCCUUGAUAGAUUUCUCCGAAUUGGGUGAUUCGAAGCCGGGAAGCCGCGGCUGGGAUUCUGUCCAAAGUGCCGUUCGGAAAGCGCUCGAAGAAUAUGGGUGCUUCGAGGCUUUCUAUGACAAGGUCACCGUGCAGCUUCAUGACGAGGUCUUCCAUAAAAUGGAGGAGAUGUUCAAUCUUCCGGCCGAGACCAAGUGCCGGUUCGUCGAUCCGGCGAUACUGUAUGAUGGCUACCUUUCUGGUCUCCCUCCUAACCCUCUUAAUGAGGCCAUGGGAAUGCAUGACUCCCUGAACUCGGGCGCGAUCGAACGGUUAGCUGAUCUGUUAUGGCCGGAGGGAAAUACCAAAUUCUGCGAGUUGCUGAAUACAUAUGUGAGGAGGUUCUCUGAGUUGGAUUAUUCGAUCAGGAAGAUGGUUUUCCGAAGCUUCGGCGUUGAACAUUAUCUCGAAUCGCAUGUCGGGUCGACUAAAUAUUCUCUUCGUCUUUUGAAAUAUGAAGCGCCGAAGACGGAUGAGACUAAAGCUGGAUCGAUAACUCACUACGACAUAAACUUUGUGACCAUACUCCAGCAAAAUCAUGUGAAUGGACUGGAAGUGCAGACUAAGAAUGGAGAUUGGAUUAAAGUCGCACCUUCAGCUUCCUCUUCUAUUGUCAUGAUUGGAGAGUCAUUCCUUGGAUGGAGCAACGGAAGGUUAUAUUGUCCUCGACACCGCGUGAUGAUGAGCGGACACGAGGCCAGACACUCCAUCGGGAUCUUCUCCAGCGUCGAAGGAACUAUUCGGUGCCCGGACGAGCUCGUGGACGAGCAACACCCUUUGCUUUUCAAGCCCUUCGAUGCAGACGGUCUCGUCCGGAUCUACGCCACCCCGGAGGGACAAAAUGGAGCUUCAGCUCUCAAAACCUUUUAUAGCACUUCCAAUUGA